AUGGUGCUGCUGCUGCUAGUAGUGGCAUACAUCGUUAACACCUGCUACGCUCAUAACGAGUCGUCACAGAACACGCGGCUCCGCGAGAAGGACGUCGUGAGCGGAAGCCCGGACGGCUCUGCCAAGGGCCGCGUUGUCGACGUCUCGCGACUGGAGUCGUUCGCGAUGGAGAGUGAGCCUCUGAAAGAACUCAAACGGAAGUUGGAGUUUCUGGGGACGACACCCAUAUGGCGCAAUCGUUCCCCUCGACCGGUGUUCUGGAGGGCCGUGACUUGCAUUCAGAAUGCCGCGGACCGCUGGAGACGCCAGCAAUCCGCAGGUAUCUCUCCAGACUCGACGGCGAAACAGAUUGAAUGGUGCUGUUAUAAUCUGCCCCAUCAUCGUGAAGAUUCCGGCUCCUCCAACGGCGACGAAGACCCCAAAUCCUGUAAGGGUCCGGGGCAGCAGCUGAAUCAAACGCCCAGCAAACGGCACAGCAUCGUUCUGCUGUGCACCCCCUUCAUGAGGUGGGGCACCAAAGCCCACCAGCCGGACGUGUGCGCCGUCCGGUCCGGCCAAGCCUUCUUCAGCCUCCUGCGCAUGUCUUACGCCGCGUACCGGACGAAGCAUCCGUGGAGCUGGCUCAAGAGUCUAGUCAACAUCUCCCAGUCCCCCUUCCUGCCCGUCAGCGCGGACUUCGAACACGAGCCCGCCGAGACCGAGCCGCCCAUCGGGGCCAACCUUAUGAUGCACCUAUUUGAGAACACAGGUCACGUCGACAUCCUCCCCGUGCUCUUCAAGAGAAUACCCCGGAGGACAAAGGAGAGGCUAGAGGCGUGCCACGUUUGGGGAAGCUCGGUAGGCUGGGGCGUCCAGUACGUGGAGGCUCUGAACGGGCUUUACGUUUUCCUGUUUGGCUGCCUCGGAUUCCUCGUCUGCCUCGGGAUAUCCGUCGCGUGGAUGGUGGUGAAGCACGACAUCCAGGGGGGCCACGGGAGCCCCGAUAUGGAUGCCGUCCGUCAGCCAUUUGGUGGCCUCGCUUGUGGCAUCCGGAUCGCCUUCCGCGUGGAAUAUGAUCAACAGAAAAAGGAAGAGGUGGAAGAAAGAAGAAAGACAGAGAAACACAGCCAGUAAAUCGAGAGGAUUGGGCAUUCUGCGACCACUGCAAAAAAAUGUUACAGAGCAGUCGUCAUUCUGGGGAUAUAUCCGAAGCGGCUUGGACGGGAAAUCCAAAACCCAGGGUAACACAUGACUUGGCCACCUGGAGGGCUGGUUAUACAAUCACCAUACGCAACGCACUCAGUAAUCCUUGGAGGGUGAUUCCACCCGCGCCCUCUCGGUUUCCUUCACCUGGAUCAGCAGAGCUUCGAUUUAAAGCUGGACGUUCAGGACCGUUAUCGACAGCCGAGCUUAGCCACCGCGGACGCUAACGGUGACGGCGAAGUUCUGCGGCUUCACAAAGGUCCCGUUCUUGGUUUUCCAUAAAUCUUCGGGCCUUUCCUGAGCUUAAACUCAAAGUCGCGAACGAGACGCAGGACCAGCUUGGCUAUCUCG